AUAAGUUAUACCUAUAUUUCAAGUUAUUUUAUAUCAUAGAAAUAGUGUCCGUUUCUCUCAAUCAACAGCUAAUCCAAUCAAUUUGUUUAACACAAUGAGUGAUUGCAGUGAACUAAGAGUUGAUACAACUUAUGGCAAAAUAGCUAUCAAAGUCUGGGGAAAACCGGAUGAAAAUCGUUUGAAACUUCUUUGUGUCCACGGAUGGCAAGACAAUGCGGGCACUUUUGACCGAUUGCUACCACUUCUUGAUUUGAACUCAUUGUAUGUUUUGUGUGUCGAUCUUCCCGGACAUGGAUUUUCAUCACAUCUUCCGAAGGGUGCUGUUUAUACAGACCUAACAUGGAUUAUGGAAUUAAAACGUAUUGUCGAUCACCUAAAUUGGACCAAAUUCUCAAUAUUAAGUCAUAGUAUGGGUGCCAACGCAUCGCUUAGCUUUGCCGUAAUGUUUCCCGAUUUAGUGGACAGAGUUAUCACAUUAGAUACGGUCAAACCGGCAGUAUUUCCUAUCAAUGAAUGCGCCAAUAGAUUGGCCACAGAUAUCAAUGAAUUUAUGGCAUUAGAGGAGCGAAACAAUCGGAAGCAAGCGAUGGGCACUCGGGAACCAGUUUUCAACUAUGAUAUGGCCAUAACUGUGCUCAAGAGUGCCCACUCGCCCAUCGGUAACAUUACAUCUGAAGGGGCCGCCUGUCUGCUGAAGAGAGCCACUAAAAUCAUUACACAAAAGGACUCAAAACCGGGUUAUGUAUUCACAAGAGAUUAUAGACUUCAGAAAGUAUUAAACCGUAAGAUUGACUGCCAAUCACUACUCGGACUCUUCUCUGGACUUAAAUGUGAACUAAUGAUUAUAAACGGCAAAAACGGUUUGUUCACCGAUAGAGAUCUCCAGAAGCGCUUCCUCGAGUUGUAUCAAAACAAUUGCAAAAAGUUUGUCUACGUUGAGGUCGAUGGCGACCAUUACGUGCAUUUGACUUCUCCUCAAAAAGUAGUGCCACAUAUAAAACAAUUUCUUAGUGAACCAAUCAAUGAUCUCAUGAACCAUAAGUUAUGAAACAUAAUAUGAAUUAG